AUGGCUAGUAUAGCUUCCAAUAUACUUUAAUCUUAAAAGGUUAAAUACUAAGGUCUCAAUAUAUCUCCAUAUCUAGAGGGUAUAGAAAAGGUGGGAAAGAUCUCCUUCAUUCUACACACUAGUAGCAGAUACCGCACUGAGAACAUUCGAAAUAUGACACUAAAUAGAUCUGAUCGAUAGAUUUUACCUGGGUAGAGCAUGUUAGCAGUAUGGUUUAAAAUGAGUUUAAUGAAGAAUCCUUCUCCGUUAAUGUUGGCUACUACCUUUGGGUUUUAACUAUCAGCUCUGCUACAAGAUCCGACUUAAGCCACAAAGAAGAUUUUGAGAAAAUUAAAACAGAAAAUAUUUCCAUAAAAAUGCAUCAAGUAGGCUCAAGUAAUGGAAAGAAAUGGGGAACUUUAUAAAAACACUCUAGAACUUGGUUCACGAGAAAUUAAAAUCAUCUUCGGGAAUUAGCAAGAAAAAUUGAAUGGAAGGUCACAAGUCUAUCACUGGUAGAGUAUUGUAGCUAUUAAAGCCUAAUGA